GAUGCGGGGCUCGUUCUCCCAGGAAUGCAGACGGGCUUCAGACACAGCGUGCAGCUGCCAGCGCCUGUCCUACCUGUCCCGCAACAUUUUCUAGCUGCACCAAAAGCCAGAGGAGCGAGUUGUCUUCUGCACGCUGAAGAUUGUGCACGCAGGAAGUUGACUUGUUUCUCCAAGGGGAAAUGAGCUGCUUUUGGUUCUUCGUGGUCCUGGCAUUGGGAGGGUACCUUCUGGCCUCCUGGUUCCUGCUGAAGAAGCCCCACCUUCUCCACAGGAGGAAACGCAUGGCCUUCUACUGCACGCACAUCUCCCACAGAGGAGGAUGUGGAGAGAAGAUAGAAAGCACAAUGGAGGCAUUCACUCAUGCAGUGAAGCAGGGAACACAGAUGCUAGAACUGGACUGUCAUGUGACGCGCGACGGACAUGUGGUUGUGUCACAUGAUGAGAAUCUACUCAGGCAGACGGGACAUGACGUCACCAUCUCCUCACUCAGGCUGCAGGAUUUACCUUUGUACAAGGACAGACUUGAGGUGACUUUCAAUGCGGCAGGUCACUACAGUCAUGGUGCAGACAGGAAGUUCCUUUUGCUGGAGGAUCUGUUCCAAAAGUUCCCAGAAAUUCCAAUCAGCAUUGAGAUUAAAGAGAACAACAACCAGCUGAUAGAAAAGAUAUCUGCGCUGGUCCAACGCUAUCGCAGGGAGGACAUCACUGUGUGGGCGUCUGUGAACUCAACAAUCAUCAGCAAAUGCCGCAAAACAAAUGGCGCCAUGCCGUACAGCUUCUCCAUGCGCCAAGGGCUGCUCCUCCUGCUCCUCUUCUACAGCGGCCUGCUGCCCUUCGUGCCGCUGGGAGAGAGCCUACUGCAGUUCUACCUGCCGCGCAUAAUCAACAGGUCCUUUAUUCCCCAAAAGAAGAUCCUGAGGAACAGACUGGUCGUGACGUUGAUAGAAAAAGUCACGAUGAGGAAAAGUCUCUUUGAACAUCUUGCAGCUCGUGGGAUUCAGGUGCAUUUGUUUGUGUGCAAUAAGGACGAAGACAUAAGGGCGGCGUUGGAUUUGGGGGCCACGGGGGUGAUGAGUGACUACCCCUCGCGUCUCUCACGCACCCUCAGUAGAAUCAAACGUCAAGAGUGACCUGUCUGCUCACAUGUGGCAGCUUUCUGGUGCACAACACACCAGACUGAAAUGUAGACCUUAAUAAAA